AUGUCUGACCAAGAGUAUGAAUUGGUAGAUCAGCUGCAGAAUCGCGCAAGGUUGGAACAAGAAUAUAGAGCGCCUUCAUAUUCACAGUCUAGCUCGCAUGAUAGUCUAUCGACUAGAUCAUCACAGGACUCAACUUCUUCUGAAGUAUUCGAUAAUAUCGACUCCGCUACUAAUCAAAGAGGUGAUGCGGAUGAUAACUUCUACUGGGAUGAUUCAUUUCAGCUCAUAUGGCAUAAUUACGGAAAAGACAAUGGGCGAAAGUAUUUUAAGUUCUUUAGUCUGAAGUAUAGCUGCUACAUACUCCUAGGAAUUUCAAUUGUUCUUUGGUUUCUUGCGUUGUUUUUUUAUUCUAAGGAAAAUCACUCCAAAAUAAUGAAACUAAUAAAACCAGAUGGGGCCAAUGCUAAAGUAGUGCAAACCGCAGAUCGAAACAUAACUCUAAGUCAGUAUGACCCACAAUUUAAAAAUAUUACAUUGGCUUCCUUUUACAACGGAGAGUAUCUUCCUCUGAAAAUUGAAGUUAAUUGGUUGGAUAAAAGGCAAUACCCCACCAAAUCACAAAAUACAAUCAAAAAUGGUGGUGGCUACUACCUCACAAGGACCAGUGGUUCAUAUAUUGUAAAGCAAAUGGACUCUUCUCUAGAAAAAUCUGGGAAGAUCGAUAUAUUUAUAAAUUUCAAUAGGUUUGCUUAUGAAAAUGACUUCUUCACGAUAAAAGACGUCAUUUUGAAUCCAGCUAGGCCAGUUGAUCAGUUAGACAACUGGCACAUACUAGUCACAGACUCUUCAGUGCAAUGGAGACACCUGAGUUUUGCCUUAUUUUGGGUGUUCAAUCCGCUAAAGCAUGAGUUUAUCCCCAUCCAGCCACCGCUGUUGUCUACUGAAAACUCAUCCACAGAAUCAGAGCUAUUCAAAACUAAAAAAUUGUAUAAGCUUCAUUUUGCAGAAUUUUCACCCAAAGGAAACUAUAUAGUCUUUGGAUAUGACCAUGACUUGUUCAUUUAUACACUUGUUUCAGGAGAAGUGAAACAAAUAACAAAUACUGGCUCCAAGGACAUAUUCAACGGUAAAGCUGAUUGGCUCUAUGAAGAAGAUAUAAUAUCUGACGAUAAACUCUUUUGGUGGUCGCCAGACGAGGCUCAUUUAAUAUAUGCUAAGUUGAAUGAUACCCAAGUACACGAUUAUGAUCUAAAUUACUACGUGAAAAGUGCUGACGAAAUAUUUAAUACCUAUGAGGAACCAACUUCUUCAAAAAAAGUUCAUCAUUUGAACCAAUAUCCCGUAAAGUCCACUAUCAAGUACUCAAAACCCGGAACUCCGAAUCCGAGAGCAUCAAUAUUUCACUACAAAAUGUCAGAUCUGACUACAACUGAAGUAAUAGCUGACGACGGAGGACCAAGGAGCGAGUUUAUUGUGUACUCAGGUCAAUGGUUGGGUAGUGAUUCAUUUAUUCUAAAGUUGUCUGAUAGGGAAAGUAGAUUUUUAAGGAAAAAAGUGUUUAAUGCAAAGGAUGAGAAGAUGAAAGACAUCAAUGAAGUAGACACGUACACUGCGUUUGGAGGAUGGGUAUCACAGCCAGUCCCAUUGAUUAAAGUAGGAGAAGGUUAUGUUGACUUAAUGGUUGAAGGCAAUAGAAGUCACCUUUUUUACUUUGAAAGCGUAAUUUCAGACCACCCAUCGUAUGCAUUAACUCAGUCGUCGGAAUGGGAGGUGCUUGACACGGAGCCUCUUGCGUAUGAUGAGCUAAAUAACUGCAUUUACUUUUUAUCUUCCAAAAGAAGUUCAAUGGACGUACAUUUAAUGUCAGUGGACCUCACCGAACACAAUAUAAAGGAAAUUACGGGUACGAGUAAGGAUGGUAAAUAUGUCGUUAACUUUUCUGAUGAUGGUCAAUACUUGGACUUGAUUUACGAGGGACCCUCUAUCCCAUGGCAAAGAUUAAUAAACAUGGCGGUUUUGCAUGAACAUGAACACGAAAAAGAAUCUACCGAUUGUGACUCAAUUAUUGAGGAAGUUCCAAUUUUCAACAGCGAAAAACCAUUAGCAGAUAAGUUGACAAAAUCAAAUUUACCUACAAAAGUAUAUCGUAAGAUCCUAAUUAAUCCAGGAAAUAUCUUUGUGGACGUUGUUGAGAUAUUGCCUCCAAACUUUAACCCUGGAAAAGUGGGCAACAAGUAUCCUAUUUUCGUGAACAUUUACGCUGGCCCAGGAUCUCAGAUGACUUUGAAAACAUUUUCAAUUGGAUUUGUUGAAGUUGUUAGUGCUACAUUGAAUGCAAUCGUUCUUAUAAUUGAUCCGAGAGGGACUGGGCCAAAUUGGGCAAGUAGGUCAUUCUCAGGCCAUGGUCAAUUGGGUACUUGGGAAUCGAAAGAUAUAAUAGCUGUCACCAAACAAUACAUCAAAGUUAAUGAAGCUUUUGUAAACGAGGAUAGAGUUGCAAUCUGGGGCUGGUCUUACGGAGCUUAUACUACCUUAAAAACAUUAGAACUCGAUAACGGUGAGACAUUCAAGUAUGGAAUGGCAGUUGCGCCAGUGACUAAUUGGUUAUUCUAUGAUUCUGUGUACGCUGAGAGAUACUUAUGGUUACCUCAAGAAGAAGGUGAGGAUUCAUAUAAAAGAAGUCAAAUUAGCGACUUUGCAAAUUUCAAGAAUAUCAAGAGACUUUUGUUGGUACAGGGUACAUCAGACGACAAUGUUCAUAUUCAAAACUUGUAUUGGUUAUUGGAUCAGUUCAAUUUGGCGCAAGUGGAGAACUAUGAUCUUCAAAUUUUCCCUGAUAGUGAUCAUUCAAUAGCGUACCAUAGUGCGUCGGUUAUCAUUUAUGACAAGUUAAUGCACUGGUUAAACGAUGCAUUUAGCGGUAAGUUCGAUGGGUUGGUGUAG